GUUGUCCUCUGUUUUGCACACUUUUCGCACUUUUCCGCCACUUUUGUAUCAAAAUUCGGUUUGGAAGAAACGUGAGGUUACGUGGAUUUCUCGAUUCGGAUUAGAAUCACGUUAAUUUUUGUCGAUAAGCAGAUAGUUUGCACAACAUCUGGUCAUCACCUUCCUGAAGAAUGUUUGGGUCUGGUAGUACCUCCAGUUUUGGGGGCUUCGGCUCAUCUACUCCCACGCAGACGCCGUUCAACAGCUCGGCGUUCAACAAGCCGGCCGGCACGGCGUUCGGCUCGACGGCGUUCGGCGCACCGGCCUCGGGCGCCGCCGGCGGAUCGGUGUUCGGCGCCUCGAGCACGCCGGCCUUCGGCGCCCCGGCCGCCACGCCCGCCUUCGGUGCCGCUGCCACGCCCUCCACCGGCUUCGGAGGGUUCGGCGCGGCCGCCUCCUCGGCGCCCAGUAUGUUCGGUGCGCCGCGCACGCAGGCGCCGCUGUUCGGCUCUGCCGGCACGGGCUCGUUCGGCGCGCCGGCCGCCACCCAGCCGGCCAAGACGGGCUUCUCGUUCGGCAGCGGCACGUCCGUGUUCGGAGCGCAGCCGCAGCCGGCCACCGGCACGGCCACCAUGUUUGGCGCCCAGCCGACCGGACAGACCCCCGCCUUCGGCGCCACCGCACCAGCAUUUGGUGCCACCACGGGUGCGGCCAUGACGGGCACGACGCUCAAGUUCAACGCGCCGACCGGCACGGACACGAUGGUGAAGAACAACACCCAGCAGCACAUCAACACCCGCUUCAUGUGCAUCGUCACCAUGAAGGAAUACGAGACCAAAUCGCUGGAGGAACUACGGAUGGAGGACUACGCCGCCAACCGGAAAGGCCCGCAGGCGGGCGCCGGUGGCUUCGGCCAGCCGGCCGCCGGAGGUCUGUUCGGAUCCACGGUCAGCUCUGCCGGCUCCACUGUGUUCGGCGCCACGCAGAGCAAGCCGCUGUUCGGCGCCGCGCCCACCGCGGCCGCGGGCGGUGGCCUCUUCGGCGCCACGCAGCAGCCGGCGGCCGGCGGCGGCCUGUUCGGAGCCAAACCGACAGCGUUCGGCACACCGACCACCUCCGCCACGGGGUUCACGGGCUUCGGUCAGCCGGCCAGCUCCACUGGAGGCGGGCUGUUCGGAGCGGCCAACAAACCGCUCUUCGGUGCCCCGAACAGCUCGAGCAGCAGCCUGUUUGGCGCCACCACUCAGCCUGCCACCGGGUUCGGCGUGCCGCUCACCAGCCAGCCCUCGACGGGUCUGUUCGGCUCCACACCGGCCUCGACGGGCGGGUUCAGUUUCGGCGGCGCCGCCACACAGCCGGCCGCCUCUCAGCCGGCCACCGGCGGCCUGUUCGGCGCCAAACCGGCCGGAUUCACUGGCUUCGGGCAGACGCAGCCGGCCGCCGGCGGGUUCAGCUUCGGCGGGACGGCGGCCAGGCCGGCGGGAUCCACCGCCUUCAGCUUCAACACGGGCAGCACGUUCGGAACAGGCACCGGCUCGCUUUUCGGAAACCAAGCCAAGCCGGCGGUGCCUACCUUCGGUGGAUUCGGAACGGCCGCUCCAAACCCGUCACUGAAUCUGUUCGGCAGCACGGCGCAGCAGCCGUCACUGCUGAUGGGACAGCAGCCGGCGCAGCAGCAGCAGCAGCAGCAGGCGGGCGCGGCGGCCACUGCUCAGCUGCAGCAGCAGAUUAUGGCGCUGACGGCCAACCCCUUCGGAGACCUGCCGCUCUUCAGAAACCUGGCCGAGGCGAGCGUCAGUCGCCAGGACGUGCUGAAGCCGACGAACCCGCAGGCGCAGAAGGUUAUCACUGAGGCCACGCCGUACAAGGUGUCUCCGCGACUGGUCAGCAAACUGACGCCCAAACCCAUCACGCCCGGAAAGACGUCGCUGUUUGACGGCCUGGACGACGACACAGAGGACGCCGCCGAGAUCCUGGUGCCCCGCCGGCGCAUCAAGAAGCUGGAUAUCAAGGCGGUCAAAACGGCCACGUCCGGUACGCCGGCACGCGCCGCGUCCCCGGCGCCGGAGCCGCCGCUGCCGCCGCCGCCCUCCUCGGGCGCUACCCUGGCCACGCCUCUGGCGCGCAGCUCGGCAGUGAAGUCUCGUGUGACGUUUGCCGAGUACGGUGACUCUCCAGACAUUAUCCGUGGCCAGCUGAAGACACCGCAGCUGCCCGGCACUCAGUCCCAGGACGCGGACGAUACUAUCAGCAGCUUAAACCCACGCAGGGCGCCGGCCGCCGCUCGCCACGCUGCCGAGGCUGCUGAAAACAAGGAGAACGUCUCCGAGAGUUUUAUCCUGGACGAGACUGUCUCUGAUGACGACGCGGACGUGGCCGUCCCCGAUGACGCGGACGAGGGCCCGUCCCACCCGGCUGGGGUCCGUCUGCGCCGGCCCGGCUACUACACCAUCCCGCCGCUGGAGGAGCUGACGCCGGCCGCCGACGGCUCGCUGGCCGUCGAGGGUCUCACCAUCGGCCGGGACGGCUACGGCAGUGUGUACUUCCCGGGCGAGACGCAGCUGGCCGGCCUGGACCUGGACGCCAUCGUGGUCUUCCGCCGGCGGGAGAUCUGCAUCUACCCGGACGACGCGCUGAAGCCGCCGCUCGGCCAGGGACUCAACAAACCGGCACAGGUGACGCUGGAGCGUGUGUGGCCCACGGACAAGGCCUCCCGUGAGCCCAUCAGGGACCCGGCCCGUCUGCAGCGGAUGGGCUGGGAGAACCGCUUGGAGCGGGCCUGCUUCAAACUCGGGGCGUCGUUCGUCGAGUACAGGCCAGAGACCGGCUCCUGGGUGUUCAAGGUGGAGCACUUCUCCAAGUACGGUCUGAACGACUCGGAUGACGAGGAGGCCGCUGUGCCGGCGGGCAAGGAGGCGGCGGCGCGCGCGCUGGCCGCCGGUGCCGUCCCGCCGCCGGCGCCACAGCGGUGGUCCGGCGGUGGUCCGCCGCCGGCCCCGCCCACCGCUGGGCCUCUGGAACGCCUGGAGGCCGUGUCCGCCCUGCCCCAGCCGACCCCGCCGGCCGCCGCCGCCGCGCCGCCGCUCGCGGGCGCUACGGCCCUGGAGCCGUCGGAGCUGGCGUCGCCCGCCGUCCGGCUGGCGCGAUCGUUUGCCGUGGACUCGGAGAAGGUGCAGGACAUGAAGGCGUCCUUCUUCGUCGAGGAGGAUGAGGGCAUCGAGGAUGACGGAGGCAGUCAGCUGGGCGAGGAGGCGGCCGGCGCCGGCCUGGUGUCCGCCUUCCGUCCCGGCCUGCUCUCAGAGAUGCCUCGCGGUCCGCUGGCGGCCCGGUCGGCCUCUCAGCGACCCACACCGCUCGGCCCGUCCCCGGACCUGGUGUCCGAACAGGACGACUGGGACGAGCGAGACCCGCCCGCAAUAGGCGUCAAGUCUCGUCAUUCGGAGGCCCUACCCACCGAGCCUGCCACCUCGGACCGGGCCAUGGUGAAGGACUGCCGCGUGCUGGAGUCUCAGGCGCACCGCGAGCUGGCGCCCAUCGUACCCCGCUGGGUGGGCCACCUGACGCCUCUAGAGUCGUCCGCCAGGGCGUCGCACGGUCAGCAGCUGGCGGAUCUCGGCUCCAUGAUGGGCUGUCGCUGGCGGCUCGGCUGGGGCCCCGGCUGGCGUCUGGUGGCCGCCGCCGGAGCCGGCGCCGCCGACCCCUUCCAGCUGGUCGAGGGACGCGUCACUGCGGAGCCGAUGUACCAGGACAUGGACACGACGGCGUCGGAGCUGGAGAGUCUGAUGGCGGUGCAGCUGCGCUUCUCCGAGUGCUCGCUGGCCGAGCACACCGUGUGGCCGCUGUUCAGCACGCGCGCCGACCUGGCACUGCCCGAGGCGCUGGCCAAGGCCGACGGCCAGUGGCCGGACGUGUGGGAGCUGGUGGUGGCUCUCUGGGGACGGCUCGACUUUGACCUGCCCGCUGAAGACGAGGCCGAGUGUCGCGCCUACUCCGAGCUGCAGUGUCGCCGCGAGGCCCUCUCCCGGUGGCUGGAGACCACGUGCCGGCCGGCGGCCACGGCCGAGAUCAACCUGCACACGAGCCAGCAGUACCUGGAGACGGUGUUCGCUCACCUCACCGUGCGACAGGUAUGGGAGGCGGUGGCGGUGGCCCAGAAGCACCGCGACCUCCGACUGAGCCUGCUGCUGACUCAGGUCAUGGGCUCGCACGAGGCGCGACAGCUCGUCAGGAGCCAGCUGGAAAACUGGCGACAGGUGGGCGCCGACCGUCACAUCUGCCCGCUCCGCCUGCGGCUCUACAUGCUGGUGGCCGGCGUGGCAGUGUGGCAGACCAGUGCAGGGGACGUUAUCAACUGCUGCGACGGACUCGACUGGCGCCGCGCCCUGGCCGUCCACCUCUGGUACCUGUCUCCAGCCACCAGCAGCGUCUCGGACGUGGUGGCUCAGUACGACGAGGCGCGCCACGUCACCGACGACCUGCCGCCGCUGGCGCCGCCACCUCUCCCCGCCUACAUCGCCGACCACGGGGACAGCGGCCCGGAGGCGCCGCGGGACGUCUGCCACCACCUGCUGCGGCUCUACUGCAGCGGCGAGGGGCGGCUGGAGGAGCUGCUGGCGCCGGCCAGCCACACCGCGCAGCCGCUCGACCACAGGCUGAGCUGGCUGCUGAUGGAGUGUCUGGGCUCGCUGGGUUACCGUCAGCUCUCUGAGGAGAGUGUGGAGCUGCUACACACCAACCUGGCCGCCCAGCUGGAGUCGGCCGGACUCUGGUACCUGGCCGCCUUCGUGCUGCUGCACAUCGACAACCUGGACAGGCGGCGCGCGGCCGUCUCGGACCUGCUGCUGCGUCACGUGACGCUCGAGCUGCCCUCCGAGGUGCGCGACCGGCUCGUCACCAACUUCGGCAUCCCAGUGCCCGUCCUGAGCUACGCGCAGGCGGUACGCGCGCGCGCCCUCGGCCGACGUCGCGACGAAGCUCGGCUUCUGCUGCUUGCCGAGAGGUGGCAGGAGGGUCACGACCUGCUCGUCCAGCACAUCGCACCCGAGUGUAUCAUCAAUGAGGAGUACGGGGUGCUGUCGGACCUGCUGAGCCGCCUCUCGCCCCCGGCCGUGUCGGCUCGCGUCUCCGGCUGGGCGGGCGCCGGUCAGGUGUACGUCGACUACAUCGCCGUGUCGCGCGCCGUGCAGGCCGCCCUGGAGGGUCGUGCUGACGCCGAGCAGCUGCAGCGGCUGCGGCCUCAGCUGGCCAGCGUCAGCCGCGGCAUCGCCGCCUUCAGCUGCCCCACUGCUACACACAGGCUGGCCCAGGCGGAGAUGGCCAAGAAGGCUGCCGUUCUGUUGCGCGCCCUGCUCGACACGGGCCGGGACGGCGGCGCCGGCGUCGGUGCCACCCUGCUCGGCCACCUGGCCAAGCUACCGCUGCCCGAGGACUACGCGCUGGACGAGCUGCAGCACGUGCUGAAAUCCUACCUGCUGGAGCUAUCCGUCUGAGAGGAAGAGAGAGUGUGGGACAGGCAGAGGCAGAGGUGUGUACGGACAGGAGAGAGGGACACGGUCGCGAGAGGCUGGUGAAGUGAGCCGCGGACGCAGAAAUGCUCGAGGAUCCAGCUGAGUGAUAGCUUGGCGACCCACAGACAGCAGUGACGGUUGAAAUCAAGACGUCGCCGCUGAACUGAACACAGACGAGUGUAGGGGAGGGACGGAGGGACUCUGUGAGCGCGGCGUGUCGGUCGGUAGGCUCUGUUCUCGAGUCUGUGUGACUAGCAGAGCGGCCUCAAUCGGUGCGGACGGCUCACUGCCGACGAUGGUGAUUUGUCAGCUCGAUUUGGAGAACAACAACGGAGAAACCACCGGAUAUCUGUGCGAUCUGGCCAAGGAAUCAUCGACUUGUAUCAGCCCUAAAACGCAGCGUAUGCCAAUGCUUAGGCAUUCGUGGUCCUGGUCCUGACCUGGCUUUGCUACAUCAUUAUCUGUAGUUUUUCUCCUGCACUAGUUGUCGACUUAAUAGUGCUAGCCUGAACUCAGCACGAGGGAUCCAUCGUAACCAGCCGCCACACCUAGCCAGUUGGGUCGAAGGCGCACGCUACCCGCACGUCUCGAGCUUGUGUGUCAGUGCGCAGCGUGGGAUCCUCUGAUUCAUUGCGCGACUUCAUAGAUACAGAUUGUGAUGAGAGGGACCUGGUAGGUUCGGUGUUGCUACGCUGUUUGUAUGGCGAACUAUGGAAGAGGGCGGUUCUAGCGUCAUUUUGUCAUGCGACUAGCUGUUUUGGAUAAUUCAUGUCAUCGGGAUAGUGGGAUGUAUUUUUACUGGAAUUUCUAAAAUCCGGAUAGGUUAGAUUCACGGUUGACGCGAACUGUUGAUGCCAUAGAAGAUGUGAGCGUCAUUUCAGACCAAUAUUCUAGGGUGGAUGUUCUAUGUUGUUUCGGACGCUUCGACUGGUGGCUACUCGACAUCUUUACAACUCUCACCGCGACCUAUAGCUGUUGAUAUCGGUAACAAUCGCCGAGCCUGCGUGCCGGGACUGUCGAGCUCAGCAGCUGCCAUCAGUGUUGGUCCGCGUCUGCUCUGCCGUGCUGAUUUCGCCGAGCCGCGGUGUGCUCUCUUCAGACAGCCCGUCUGUGUGUAUCUCUCAACCCGGUGAUGGCUGCUGAUGUGGCUCUGUUUCGGACAAAUUACGGAUAGCAUUUUGCGCCGCUGAACGCUGAUGUACUAAUAAAGGCGAUGAGCCCGCU